AUGUUGGUGAGGACUCACAGGUAGUUAUAUUUUGGUGCCAUGACAUGACAGUGUGGCAUGGCAGUUCAUUUAAGGACAGUGUAAACGCAUGGUUUUACGCACUGAGGGCCACAAUGCAGCUGCGGCAGGUAUUCUGGGCGUGGUUCAAACCAUAGGUGUGUAAGGAAGAGGUCGGUGUCAGCAUUCCCAGCUCGCGACGAUACAGGAAGACCCACUGACAUCUGGAUUUAACUCAAACGACGUGCAAAUAGACGUUUUCUAAACAGUAGUUUAUAAAUUGAGGAUCCAUACCUGCCGACAGGUUGGGGAAGGUGAACCUGAUCCUGCUGGACUUCAGUUGGAGCGCGUUUGGAAGAUGCAUUCCGCCAGAUAUGCGUACGACGGCCAUAACAGCCAUCAUGAGCGGAUUGACUUCUUAACCAGCAAAGAGAAGGGGUCAUCAAAGCGGAAGGUCGGCAUCGUGAUCGGGGUCCUUGUGGGGCUUCUCAUCCUCGCGGCUAUUGCAGCGUUCCUUAUUUGGCUGUUUGUCUUUAAAGAUGCUGAUUCAGAUAGCACUCUCAGUAUGCAGAACAGCCGAUUGACAAAGGUCUUCAGUGGGCAUAUGAAGUUGGCUGAUGUACCUUAUGACCAGAACCUGGAGGAUACCAAAAGCAAGGAAUUUGAGGACUUGGCGGUCAAACUGGAGGCAAUUCUGAAGAACAGCUACACGAACGAUGAGCUGCUCGACAAAUACCACACUAAGUCUGUGGUCACGGCUUUCAGUGAGGGUGUAAUAGCCUACUACUGGUCCCAGUUUAAUAUUCCAUUCGAAGACCAGGAGCUUGUGCCGGAGUUCACGGAGGAACGGGUGUCUGAGGUACUGGAGAAUAGCAUUAAGGUUAUGCGCAGAACAGCAAGCCAUGAGGAUAUCAGCAUCAUUGACAUCACCUGCUCGGCCACAGAUUAUCGCAUGGCCAGGAACCCCAGAGCCGAGGAGUGUUUCUACCGUCUGGAGGCUACAGAAGAGGAACAAAAAUUUGUGUCACCAGGGUACCCCAAAGGCUACCCCGCCAAGUCUCGGUGUCAGUGGCAAAUCCGUGCUUCGGAGAACAGCAUCAUCUUUGUCACUUUCCCUUUUUUCCACGUCGAGGAUGACUGUUCUGAUGACUUUGUCUUCAUCUAUGACUCGCUGAGUCCAGAUGAAUCUCAGGCCAUCACAGAGAAGUGCGGUCAGAGGCCCCCCUCCAACCCUCUGGAGGUAGUGUCAUCCGGCAACAUCAUGCUGAUAAAUUUGAUUACUGACAGUGAUGUCCAGAGGCCUGGCUUCGAGGCCAAGUAUAAAGCCAUCCCCAGGUCUAAAGUUAAAACCUGUGGUGGCCUCCUCUCUGAUAAACAAGGAUUCUUCACCUCCCCACUUCACCCCAGCUUCUAUCCUCCUGCCGUGGACUGCAAGUGGACCAUUAAGGUACCUGCUGGGAACAAGGUGCGGUUGAGGUUCAACAUGUUCCGCAUGAAAGAGCCUGGGGUGGACAUCCGUGUGUGUAACAAAGACUAUGUGGAGGUUAUGGGUCAAAAGUAUUGUGGAGAGCUGACGUCUUUGGCUCUGACCAGCACCACCAAUGUCGUAGAAGUGAACUUCCACUCUGAUGAGUCCUACACUGACAAAGGCUUCAGUGUCGAGUACAGCGCUUACGAUCCCAAAAACCCUUGCCCCGACAAGUUCGCCUGCAACUCUGGCAUCUGCAUCGGGAAAGAACUGAAGUGUGAUGGCUGGAACGACUGCGGUGAUAUGAGUGACGAGAGGAAUUGCAAAUGUGAGAAGGAUCAGUUCACUUGUGCCAACAGCAUGUGCAAACCCAGACUCUGGGUGUGUGAUCGUGUCAACGACUGCGGAGACGGGAGCGAUGAGGAAGGUUGCAGUUGUGACGAGAAUGAGUGGCGCUGUGGUGACGGGACAUGUAUGCCUCAGGAUGUUGUGUGUGACAAGAAGAUGGACUGUGAAGAUGGAAGCGACGAGGCCUCUUGUAAAACCUCUCCGGGCAUCUGCUCUGACUUCAGCUUCAAGUGUGAGAACAGUGAAUGUGUCAACAAGGUGAAUGCCGAUUGUGACCGCGUCAACGACUGCUCUGAUGCCUCCGACGAGUCCGGCUGUAAUUGUGGCACCAGGCCCUAUAAGCUGAACCGCAUCGUAGGAGGGCAGAACGCUGAGCUGGGGGAGUGGCCCUGGCAGGUCAGCCUUCACUUCAGGACAAACGGACAUGUCUGUGGUGCUUCGAUCAUAUCUGAGACGUGGCUCCUUUCGGCUGCCCACUGCUUUGUCACCUCCGACCCCCAGAACCAUAUUGCAUCCAACUGGCAAACCUACAGUGGCAUGCAGGACCAGUACAGGCAAGAUGGCGUACAGCGCAGAGGACUGAGGAGGAUCGUCUCUCACCCGGAUUAUAACCAGAUGACCUUUGACUAUGACAUUGCACUGCUGGAGCUCAGCGAACCGCUGGAGUUCACCAACACCAUCCAACCCAUCUGCCUACCCGCCUCCUCCCACGUCUUCCCUGCAGGCAUGUCCUGCUGGGUCACAGGCUGGGGCGCGCUCCGAGAAGGAGGUCAAAAGGCACAGGUGCUGCAGAAGGCAAUGGUGAAAAUCAUCAAUGACACGGUGUGUAACGUGGUCACUGAGGGCCAAGUCACCUCCAGGAUGCUCUGCAGCGGAUUCUUGGCCGGAGGAGUUGACGCAUGCCAGGGAGACUCCGGAGGCCCCAUGGUGUGUUUCGAGGAGAGUGGGAAGUGGUUCCAAGCCGGCAUCGUGAGCUGGGGUGAGGGCUGCGCUCGUCGGAACAAGCCUGGUGUCUACUCGCGCGUCACCAAGCUGAGAGAAUGGAUCAGGAAGGAGACAGGGGUUUGAUGAUGUCGGUAGGAACAGGGAGGGAUGCGGAGCGGGGAACAGCAUCAUAGUGCUAAAAAUAAUGGAGACGGAACAUUUGAGUCUUGAUUCGGGACGAGUCUCUCCAAGAUUUAUUCAUUUAGCAGCAGACUGAGGAUACUGUUGCAUGGACCCAACUACUCACAUGAAUGACUUGAAGCACUUUAUGUGGAUGCCGACCUCCAUCCUCUCGCUCCUGCAACACACACACACACACACGCACACACACGCACAAACACUUACACAUAAACCACACUAAGUCAUAUUUUGUAUAGUUUUUUAAGGCAUGAAUCAGCACAGUGCAUUCGCUGAAAGCAAAUUUUGAAAUACACACAUUCUUUGCCAAAUGUAACUCUUUAAGAUGGAUGCCAAAUCUAAAAAGUUUUUAAAAAUGAAAUUGUGUUUUUAAGCCUUAGCAUUGUGUACUUCUAAACAGGUGAGAUGCCUUUAUCCUCUUGGGCUGCAGUCAAUGUUGCACUUUGCCAGUGGGCUCAUGCUGUAGAUCUUUCUGUAAAUUUGGGUUUUAUUCAUCGAUAUCUUACAGGACCAGAACUCUUGUUUUAGCCUUUUUACUACAAAACACUUGCACAUAACUGACGAUUGUUUUGCAAAGCAUAGCAUCGGUUUUUAGAUGGAUUAAAGCAUUUUUAUCUACCUAUCUGCCAGGCAGACAUUAGUCUCAGUUUUUAUCGGGAAAAGUAUAAACGUUAACUUGUAGAGACAUCUGCAUUACCAUGUGAUGAUAACAGAAGUUACGGGGAAAAAACAAAAGACUCGUUAUGUUGCUCAAAUCUAUGCAGGGGCAUUUUCAUAUCAUGCUAAAAUGGAUGAAACCAGAAGUGUAUAAAAUGCGAUAAUCAGUCUGAGAGCCCACAACAGUGUUGUUAAAGCUAGCUGGUGACUUUUAUGAAAAUAACCGUUUGUCAUAUUUGCUGAAUCUGCCGCUACAUGCACAUAGCAGCACACGAGACAGUCUGUGAAAGAAAUCCUGCCCCACCUCCUCUUCCUGCUGCUUCUUAUGGCAUUUGCUAGACUCCACUGCAGCUGAAGGAAAACAACCAAUCAGAGCUGAGGAGUCUCUGACACAGCUGUCAGUCAUGUCAAUCAGUGGGUCAUCACCAUUAGUGGGUGGUAGUUAUCAUAGUUGCCAGAUCUGCUGCUAAAUUUCAGCGGCGAUAGCGGCGUAGACAUCACCAUGACCACAUGGCUCAUACAGACACAAACAAGCCAAAGGAGAUUGAUAUGACAGAGAACCGAUGAAUGUCAUUCAGGCGCACAUAAAAUAAUGUCGUGAACAUGACUGUCCAUGUAGGCAAUUAUUUGUCAGCUAGGAAAGCUACCAUGGCUACCAUGUUGUUUGUUCGUCAGCUGACAGUUACAUGGUUGCUGCCACUGGCUGACAGAUUACACAGCAUUUAAACAGCUUUCCCAGCCGUCGCUGUUACAUGUUAAGUGGUGCACAGAUGCACUAAAAUGGACAACAGUCAUGUGUGGUUGAUUGUUGCAAAUGCCUUUAGAAGCAGUAGAAAGAAGAGGCAGAGGAAUAUGAUUGUUUUUCACAGAUUAUUGUCUCUUGUGUUACUGUCAGGAUAUUGUGAGAGUUUCAGCAAAUAUGACAAAAAGUUAUUUUUAUGAAAGUUAACAACCACAGCUCUAAGUAUACCAGACUUUUAGUUUGUGGGCGAAAACAGGCAAAAACACAGCAUGGUCCCUGAAGACUGUUGAUUUUUGUUGAUCUGGAGUGAAGCUUAAGUUGUUGUUGAUCUGAACAGGGGGUCCUGGAUCAGUAUUUCUAAUACAUAUUUACAGAUGCUUACUGGCCUUGCCUGGUCUGUGAAUGAUUUGCCAAAAUGUGAUAUUCCAAGGAGGUCGGGCAGGCAGAGGAUGAGGAUUAGAUCCAGUUGGCUUUUGCACAGGUCUCUAGUUAAGCUCAGGGUGAUUGAGGUCUUCAGUCACACACACACACCUGACAGCCAAAGCAAACCAGUGGGGUUUUCAUCAGUUUGCCAGAGCAAUGCAAUGAGUUCUUAUCCCUGUGAGAGUUUCCUCUCUCCGGUCAUGACCAAGUCAGUCAACUUUUAAAUCUAAGAUUUGACUGGGUGAUUUCUCUUACUCUUUUUGCCUUCAUCUCUGACUUAUCCUGGAAAUAUUAUAUCCUGGGUAAGCAAACCAAAGAUUAGCAUAAGUAUUAUUUAUUGAAGGGGAAAAAAUUAAGAAGAAAAAUUUGUUUAGGAUAUUGCUCAGCGGACCUCUUUUAUUAAUUCCACAGAGACUUACAGUGAAACUAUGCAAGCGUAAAUGUGUGUUUUUCACAAAGUAAGGAGAAGCCACAACUUUUACUUCUUUUAAUUAUUUCACACAUAUUGUACAGUGUGAUUUGGACUAUGGAAAUACUUUAUAACCUUUCUUUGUUGUGUGUGUUUUUCUCUGUUUUUAUACGAAAGAGUCGUAGUAAUAAACAUCUUUUAUCCGAUUUCUCAGUACCUAAUUGCAUUACCUGGACUAUUUGUCUUUGACGAGGUCUCGUUUUGUAUUAUGUUGUGCAUAAUAAAUGCAUGUCUUGUGAGACCUUGUCCCUUCUCACAGUAGAAUUGUAAUGAGCAUGUACCUCUCCUCCCCGUCGUGAGCAGCGUGCCUACCUGGGGAACAGAGGUGACAAGACGAACUCAUAUUGUCAAAUAAUACCUGCCUUUGUCACAGCUCUAUCCUAUUACCCUACGAGACGGGCAUGUCGACUUCGGGAGGUGGAUACACAUACAGUGGGGGUUCCACUAUCUCAUCUGUCUUCAUUAAAAGCAGCGCACCACUGGGGGAAUAGGAAAAUCAACAUAGACAGUGCUGCUAAUUUAUGUAUUCAUCAUUGUUGCUACAUGGGAAGCUUUGUUUGUCGCUGUUCCCCAUGCCCAAUGAAGCUACUCACCAGGCUGAUUAACUCUCAGGAUUCACACCAGCCAGUUCUUUAUCGGAAAUGGUUUUAUUUAAAUAUAAAUAUGUGUACAAAGGUACAAGCAACGAUAGCUCAUUUUUAGCAAAUAAAAUUCUUAAUACAUUAUUAAAAGAAUGAACAAACAGAUGGCAAUUAGUUGUGAUCCAAAGAAAAAGCAUAAUAACUGCAUUCAAUGAUUGAUGAACAACUUAGAGAAGAAAAUCUGUGGACCCAAAUAAAUCAACCAAUAUAGAUACAUAUUUAUAUAAAGAUACUUUACAGUAGAGCAGCUUACACGCUGUACAUUAAGGCUUAUAUAAAAUAUAAAAAUAAAGACAAGCGAUGAUGUUUGCCUCCUCACUUUAAGUGACAUUUGAUCUCUCAUCAGGCUGCCUGGUAACAGCUUUGUAGACAAAUGGCAGUACAGGCGUCCAUACUGAAACAUCCAGGAAGUGGAAUGCAACUGGGCCAGGUGCAGAAACCAAUGUCUCAAACAUGAAAUGGACAUGAAUAUAAACGCUGAAGAUUUUCACUAGACACAUCAUUUGCAUGCAACAGAGAGAAAGUAUGGGCUCAGCCAUUUGUACAGAUACUUAGUGUUUCAGGGUAGUACUGUUUCUUGUAAACAUAUUGAGACAAUUUUGAUUGAGUUGUAAAACUUGAGAGUGUAUGGUCCGCAUUUAGGACUGCCUCACACGUCUUUUCCCCACCUGAGCCUGCUGAAGAUGACGCUGCAUUCAAGUUUAUUUCAAGUUCAAGAUUGCCACCAUUUUUCCAAAUCGCCACUUUUGAUUGUUCUGGUAAUAGCCUCCUCUUCGUUUUACAAUCAGAAAACAGUACCAGGGGUAGGACAGCAGUAUUUAGCCUCAGCCCCUGUUUCCCCCUAUACAAUUAUCACCAUCUUUGGGUUUUCAUGGCCUAAACUUGUCCAUCUUGGUACAAUACACAGUUAACAUGUAGCCCUCCAUUACAAUGAUGGCUAAAAUACACAUUCUCUUCAUAUCUCCUUCUUUUAUCCACCAGUAAACAACACUGCUAAGUCCAAAGUGUUAGGGUUAUUAUCAGAAGAAGCUCCAGGAAUACAGCUCAGGCCAGAAGUAUUCCUCCACUCUUUAAACUCUUCAUAAAGUACAGUGCCUGUAGCACUUG